UAUUAAAUGUUUUGAAGGCUAAAAAGGUAUAAAAGUACAUAAAAGCAAUAAAAAUUAGGGUGACAAAUGCUCCCCUACCCCGCUUGUAUCGCCGCCGACACAUGAUCAAUUCAUAGAACGUAUCGACCAUAACCAAAAGAUCCAAACCAAAGAAGGAAAAAAAGAACAUGAAUCAUUUAAUUAAUGAAGAAAUUAAAAAGUUCGAGUAAGUGCAUCUUUAAUUAACUAACAUGUUCCCUAGCACACUCAACAAGUCGCAUGAUGAUAUCAUCCUCCUCUUUGGUAAGAUGAGCCUCGAGCCUAGCUAGUAUCUUAUGGUCCCAAACCCCCAAGUGAUGCUUACGGCGCCCAGCCAGUGGAGAAGAGGCCGCGCGACUGCCGGGGUUUCUGGGCAUCACCUUUUGGCAAAGGAUGAACAUUUGUCGAGUCGGUAUCAGAUGCUACUGCAGAAAAAACCUGUUGUUGUUGCUGCUACCAGGGAAUUGAUGAACCGGUGGUAGAAUCCUCCUGCAAAAACACCUUCUAUGGUGAGUUCCUUUAAGUGAGGUGCAAUCUGAGGUGGGUUAAAGGAACUCACCAUAGAAAGGCGUUUUUGCAGGAGGGUUUUACCACUGAUUCAUCAAUUCCCUGGCACCACUAACAACAACAGUUUUUUUCUACAGUAGCGUUUGAUUCCAAUUCGACAAAUGUUCAUCAUUUGCCAAAAAGUAAUGCCCAGAAUUUCGAAACCCCGACGGAAGCGUGGCCUCCUUCUCCACUGGCCGGGCGCCGUAAGCAUCACUUGGGGUUCGGAACCAUAAGAUACUAGCUAGGCACAAGGCUCGUCUACCAAAGAGGAGGAUGAUAUCGUCAUGCGACUUGUUGAGUAUGCUAGGGAACAGGUUAGUUAAUUUAAACAUGCACUUGCUUGAUCUUUUUAAUUCCUUCAUCACUUAAAUGAUUCAUGUUAUUUUUUUCCUUCUUUGGUUUGGAUCUUUUGUUUAUGGUCGAUAUGUUCUAUGAAUUGAUCAUGUGUCGUGGUGAUACAAGGGCAAUUGUCCUUAAAGAAUUUAAUUUCGUUUUGCACCUAACUCUAAUUUGAAAAAAAUGUUUAUGUCCAAACAAUUUUCAGGUUAAAUUGCAUUCGAAAGAAGUAUGCAAAUUCUGCCUACUUUCAUCAACGAACACAAGAAGAUGUUGGCGAAGACUUGCUUACUGCACACGAAUGAAGGGGUGUUGUGGGAAGCAAAGAUAAUGAGAAAGAAUUCCUAUUUCUGCAUCUGUGAAGGAGACUGGCCACAGUUUGUGGUGUAUCACAAACUGAGGCCAGGAGACAUCUUGCUCUUCUUACUCGUUGACAAAUCGACGUUCCUAGUCGUGCCCUACACUCAGAAAAGUGGUAGAAACUUUCGUAGGAGGCAAUCUUUCGAGGAACUCAGCAGCAACUCGGAAGAGGAGGAUAUUGAACCUUCAAGAAAUUCGAAAGAAUCAUCAUCAGUCUCUGAGGAAGAAAGCAUUGAUCCAUCCUGUUGCUCCAAAGACGGGGAAUAUCCUAGCUGCUUACAUUUAGGAGUUACAUCCAAUGUCAAAGCUGAUGAAAUGAUCCACUUGAAGAAGAAAAUUGUGGAACUAGAUUUGUUUAGGUGGCAUGUCAGUGAUCUUGACAACCCUAAGAGGCCUCUAGGUUCUUUCAUCGUUUUCAUGGAAGAGUUUAAGAAGCGGUGCCUGGAGGUGAAUCCAAACAUCAAAUCUUUUGACGCUAUCGAGAAAGUUGGCGGAGACAAGUGGAAACAGAUGUCAGAUGCUGAGAAAGCUCCUUAUGUAGUAGAGGCAGAGAAAAGGAGGGUCGAAUAUGCAAAGGUCUUGAAUCUUUAUAACCGGCUUGUGGCUGCUGAAGAAGAGGAAUCUGACAAGUCAAGGUCCGAGGUUGUUGCAUCCAAAAAUGGGGAAAAUCCUUGCUACGCACAUUUAGGAGAUAAAUCCAAUGCCAAAGCUAAUUAUGUAUUCCACACUAAGAAGAAAGCUCGGGGACUAAGAAGGCUUGCCAGGGAUCUUGAUAAACCACCUCAGAUGCCAGCAAGUGCUUACUUCAUUUUCAUGGAGGAGUUUAGAAAGCAGUUCCGUGAGCAGAAUCCAAGCAUCAAAUCUAUCGCUGCUGAAGGGAAAGCUAGUGGAAGCAAGUGGAAGCAGAUGUCAGAUGCUGAGAAAGCUCCUUAUCUAGCGGAGGAAGAGAAAAGGAAGCUAGAGUAUGCAAAGAGAAUGAAUGUGUAUAACAGGCGAGUGGCUACCGAAGAAGAGGAAUAUUCUGAUGAGUCAAGUUCCGAGUUUGAUGACGAAGAGGGAAGUGGAGAGGAAGACGAGGAUGAAAACUUGUAUACUUUCUUCUUUUCCCGUUAGAUACUUGCUUUUUCAUGAUCGGUUCUACUUUUUGGGGGUUUCGUAGGGAAGACGAAGAUGGAAUUGAGAGCAGUUGCUUUUAAAGCACAAUUAUUUAUGUGCUUUCUAUUUAAUUUCAUACUGCUUAAAUAUAUGUAAUUGAACUGGGCUUUUGUCUUUCUUGACUUGUAUAUGGAUUUCCAUCUAUUACCUCUCUAGCUAAUUAUUGGCUCUACUUUUUUGGUAAAAUACUGUUGGUGUUGAUA